GAGAGAGCGGAGAAACCUGGCAAUAGGAGGUCGCUUGGCGGGAGAGGGAGGGACCGCGCGCUCCUCGCCUUCUCGCCUCCUCUCCAGCUCUGCUUUCUUUCCCCCCCACUGCCGCCCCCGCAGGUUUAGAGGAAGGAAGAGGCACCUGGGCAAGCUAGGCUGGAAGUGGAUGGUAGGGAUGGUGCUCCGGUGCACGAAAUGAUGGUCCGUGUCCUGUUCCGAUACGAUACCCUCCGGCUGCCCCACGGUCCUCCAAUACCGUCGGCUCCCGACUACGCUCCGCAGGGCCGCGGCGCCCCACUGGGGCCUCGCUCGGUGCAUGUCACGCUGCUCGGACCGAGGGGGGGGAAGGGCCAGGCGAGGCACAAAGAAGAUUGCUGAAUAGGAUGGUGGCAGAAACACCUCAGAGCCUUCGACAGGGUGAAUGAAACAGCCUCAGGAAAUGGAGGAAGAAUAAACCCAGGACGCUGUGGAUUAAUCAUGCAAGCAGAUCUCUAGCCACCUUGCUCUCCUGCUUUUGGAUUUAAGAUCAUGUCUGUUCACGUUGUAGCCUUUGGAAACGAAAGAGGUGGAUUUUCUGAGGAUGAUCAGCAAAGGAGUCUGAUUUGGACCUAUCUUGGGAGAAGUGCACUGGUUUCAGAGACUGAGAGCAGUUUGUUGUUAAACUCUGCAAACUAUGUUAGAAACCCUGCAUUCACUGAAUAUCAAGCCUGUGUGUUUGGAAAUGUCAGAUUGGUGGUACAUGACUGUCCUCUCUGGGAUAUUUUUGACAGUGACUGGUAUACAUCUCGGAACCUUAUUGGAGAAGCAGAUAUCAUUGUGAUAAAAUACUCUGUAAAUGACAAGUCUUCAUUUCAAGAAGUAAAGGAUAUUUAUGCACCAUUGAUAAAAAAAGCAUUAAACCACUGUUCAAUUCCAGUCAUAAUUUCUGCUGUUGGUGCAAGACAAAACGAAGUUCCCUGCACUUGUCCUUUGUGUAUCUCAGACAGAGGGAGCUGUGUUACAGCUUCUGAAGGGAUACAGCUUGCUAAAGAACUUGGAGCUACUUACUUGGAACUGCACAGUCUCAAUGAUUUCUACAUUGGGAAAUAUUUCGGAGGAGUGCUGGAGUAUUUUAUGAUACAACGCUUGAAUCAAAAGUCAACUGAAAAAAUGAAGAAAAGGAAAAAAAUCCAUAAAUCCCAUGGAGUUAAGCCACCUCAACUUGAUCAGCCAGAAAAAAUGCCAAUCUUAAAAGGUGAAGCCUCACAUUAUGACUCUGAUUUACAUAACCUGCUGUUCUGCUGCCAGUGUGCGGAUGUGAUAUUUUGUUCCGAAGACUUGAAGGAAGUAGCAGAAGCUCACAGGAUUGUUUUGUGCUCUGUUAGCCAUGUGUUCAUGUUACUCUUUAAUGUGAAGAGUCCAGCAGACAUUCAGGAUUCCUGUAUCGUUAGAACUGCCCAGACCCUCUUUGCCCCGAACCAACAAGCUAUACUUCCUGUUUUAGACCACAGCUCAUCAUGCAAUUCACCAGUAAGAGUCAUUGUUAAGGACUCUUUCUUCUGUUCUUGUUUGUCAGACAUUCUCCACUUCAUUUAUUCAGGUGCUUUCCAAUGGGAAUUAUUGGAAGAACAUAUUAAAAAGAAGUUGAAGGAUCCUGGGAAUGUUAAACUUGUCCUUGAGAGAGUAAAAUGUAUCUUGAAAAUUCCAGAAAAGGUUAACAACUCACGAAAUUGCAGUUCAUAUUUGUCGAAAAGGCCCUUGCAGUUAUGUAACAGCUCUCUCAGGCUUUUCUUUAACACAACUGUGUUAGCUGAUGUCAUGUUCAAAAUACAAGGUUCUACAGUGCCAGCUCACAGAGCAGUACUAGUGGCUCGCUGUGAGGUAAUGGCAGCUAUGUUUAAUGGUAACUACGUAGAAUCUAAUAGUUUUUUGGUUCCAGUUUAUGGGAUUUCCAAAGACACUUUCCUGUCCUUUCUAGAGUAUCUGUAUAUCGACUCCUGUUGUCCAGCCAGCAUUCUGCAAGCCAUGUCACUCUUGAUUUGUGCUGAGAUGUACCAGGUGUCAAGGCUCCAGCACAUCUGUGAGCUGUAUAUCAUCACACAGCUUCAGAGUAUGCCUAGUAGGGAAUUAGCAUCAACAAGCCUGAGUGUUGUCAGCUUGCUUAGAAAAGCAAAGUUUCACAACUUUGAUAGCCUUUCAAAUUGGCUGCUUCAUUUUAUCGCUUCUAACUACUUAAUCUUCAGUCAAAAACCUGAAUUUGAAGAUCUUUCAGUGGAAGAACGCAAUUUUGUUGAGAUGCAUAGAUGGCCUUCUAGUAUGUACCUGAAACAGCUUGCAGAGUACAGGAACUACAUUCAUUCUCGGAAGUGCCAUUGUGUAGUAAUGUAAACUGAAAGCUGAUCCUUCUUUAGUUAUGAAAAGAAAGUCACAGAAAGGCAAUUGCUUCAGGAAUCUUACUAUUGCACAAGACUGAAAGCAAAUACUGAGUAUCAAUGCUGUGAAACAAUAUAUUUAAUAUUGCACUUGCUAAUGAGUAACUACUGUAUUUCUUAAAAGCAUGUGGAACAAAAUUUAGGGCAGCAUAAACAUUUAACUAGGAUGUGUCUCAACUGUGCUGCUGAGUCUAUUUUUUGUUGUUGUUUUGUUGUUUUGUUGUUGUUGAGACUCCAAUUCAUGCUGUAUUGUUUGAGUUUUUUUUAGAAGAGUUUGAACUAUUUAGAGCUUAGAGAUCUUUUUAGCCUGUGCUAUUGGGAUUUUAAGAGGCCGAAGGAGAUUCCAAAUUCAUUAAAAAUGUCUGUAGGUUCUCUUUGUUUGGAAACUCACUUUUUUGUUUACCAGUUAGUUCUGUUAAGGAUUUCUAUAAUUUAUUUAUGGUCCUUUUAAGAAUUUUGUAAAAACAGAAGGCUUGGGAUUGUUUCUAUACUGGGAAUUUAAAAAUGUAGUUCCUGUUAGCAACAUCAAAUUCCUAUGUUGUGGUGAAAAAUACAUCACUAUAUUUCUAGAAAGUUACUUAAGUCUUCCCCUUACUGAAGAGUCUAAUAUAACUAAAAUAGUGCCAAUCAUUUAUUUGCUGGUCUAUAUCUUGUAAAGCAAAGAGAUGAUUAAUAGGCCUUUUUCUAUAUUGUUGUUCCUAGUAUAUGCAGAUAUCCUCUACAAAAGUGUGGAGAAAAACUGAAACAUUGUCAGAAUACUCCAUUUCUGCCAACUCUUUCCGAGUAGAUGACAAAUUAAGACCUAAUAUUUUCCACAUGAAUUUCUUUGGGGAAAUUAUUCCUAAAGGAGACAUGUGAAGGAAAUAUUUUUCAACAAUACUUUGCAUCUUGAGCUUAGCCAAGGGCAUGAAAAUGCAAGGGCUGCGUUGUUAUGGUUGGACACCUGCAAAGCAUCCUCUAUGCCAGCAAAGCCAAUAGAGCAAGGUGACAUUCAGCAGGCAGUUUUAGUCCCUAAAGACACCAACCAGGGCUUGUUGCUUAUAUUUUGGUGUCCCAGAGGAAGAAGGAAAGAGCCAGCUGGAUGGAUCUGUUGUGGUCAUGUUUGAUCCAGAUAUUGCAGAAUCUGGGAUCUAACCGUGGUAUUCCAAUCAGAGUCUUCUGUCAUCCUACUCUGCCAGUCACCAAAGUUUAAUUAACAAGACUAAGCAGGGGCUUUAGGACACCCUUCUAGACAUAAUAUGCCACAGCAAGGUCCUCAUGCCUUCUGCUUUUUUUUAUGGGCCCUGCAUGUGGUCACCCUGCAUUCAGCCUGCAUGCCUGGGAUGAUCAGGACUCAGAGGUUGCAUGCCCUCCUAGAAGGCAGGAGGUAUCUGCCAUUGGUGUGCAUUGGCAUUGUCUGUUUUUGUGUACACAUGGUCACAUAAGGCUAUAUUUAUGCACUAGUAUUUUCUCACCUAUUGCCAGGAUCUGUGUGCAUAUACAGAGACCUCUACACUGUUUCUGCCAUGUGCACAAACAUGUAGAUGUAGAUUCAUGCUCAUGUUACCCAAGAUGAGAUUUGAACCAGGAGCUUCUUGGCACACUUUUUUGCAAUGUGCUACACCAAGCAGUCCUCUCUUGCUAUAACCCAUAUACAUUUCAACAGCCCUUGUAAAUAAUAUUUUAUAUUUGGUUUUUAAUGUUUUUUAAAAUCCAAAGCAUUUGUGAAUCUCUUACCAGAAAAACUAAUCUCUUUCCUGUUAUGGGUUUUUAAUAGAGGCAGUUUAAAAAACAUUUCCUAAAUUUUUGUUUGGCACACGAUAAUUAACAUGGAAAUGCAGAAAGUAAAAUCAGUUAUAAUUUGUUUCUUUGCUUUAAUCUUUAAAUUAUAAUAGAUUUUUGUAGGUCAGUAGAGCAAGCAUGAAGAUUUCCCUUCUACACUGAUGUCUGAUGAUUUGCUAAGUAAGCAAGUGUUAGGUCCAAACCCAACACGCAAGUUGCCCUGUCAACCCCAACUCGCUUAUUACACCCGGGAAGAGUGUGGAGUUGAGUGCAAAUGAACCCACUAUCAGAGAUCAAGUAACAUGAGACAAAAACCUUUGCAAAGGGGACCCAAUACUUACAAGCCGAAGCAGGCCAGCAUGGGAACCUCGUUUAUUGGUGUUCAAGGGUUUAUAUAGGCUUACCCCGAAGUUUACAAUAUCGGGUUCACGUCAUAAAAUACAAAAGAAGCAAUUGCUAACUGUCAUAGCUUUGGGGCAUAUGUAAGGAGGUAAAGGGGGUACAGGGGAAAGGACAAAGUGGAAACAUCAAGACUAUCUCUUAGACUCUAUGUCUGCAUAUUUCGCAUGUCCUUGAGAUAAGCACUAUGCAGGAGCAGACAAAGGCAACUAUUGAGGGGAGGCCCAGCUGCAACCGGGCACCCCCUAAACUGGAGACAGACAUGAUAUUACUUUCCUUACAUAUCAAAGGAGUUUUACAAGUCAAGGUUUGUGGGACAUUGGAACAGCGUUUGACAUUCCUAUGCAAGGCACAUUAGUAACAAUAAGCAAGGUUAUAAGCAUAAAUGUGAUACAGAAAUGCAUAGUAGGGAAGUUUCCAGCUUAAACCGGCUUUUAUUAUGCGAGCCACUGGAAUGUAGGUAAGGGUCAGGUCACCAGGAAAUAAACCGACAUUUUAUAUCAAGAGUCAAAUAAAGGCCACUUUGGUUCUAUUUCCCAUGAUGCUCAAGCUGGUUUGGGUAGGACAAGUGAACUAUAGUUUUACAAGCACUGGGGUUUCAAUUUAACCCUAACACAAGCACACAAAAUAGGUUGUAAUUGCACUCUUUACAGCUUCUGCAUACUACAAACACAGCAACUCACAAAUGGAUUUGAAAAUUUAUUACAGUGUUUUUGCUAAAUCAACCUAGGAAUAAUCUUAUUGAACAUUGAAAUGUUUUACAAUUAAGAUUUAUUGUAAACAAUUCCUUCACUUGGAAUGGGGUAGCCAUAUAAGAGCUUCAACUAUGGGGUGGUAUACAAAUGUAAUAAAUAAUAAUAACAAUAAUAAUAAUGUGCAAGUGUUUCCUAUAGAUGUAUAUUUUGUACCUAAAACAUUUACAACCCAACCUAAAGCCUGAGUCUGUGGCUGCUAUGGGGCAACCAUGGGGGUAUACAACAGCAGUUGGCAAGUACAGCAGUAAAAAAAAAAAGCUCCCAGAACUGAGGGAAACUAGUUGAGGCUUGUUUAGGAUUGGAAAGUACAUAUGGAGCACCUGUUUGUGUUCAUGGAUCCUCAUGCAGCUAGGGAUAUUGUAUGGCCCUAGCUAAACUGGGGUGAGCACAUAAUUGAAUCUAUUUAGAAUUAGAUUGAAAAUGUUUAAAUUAGUUUAGCUUGAAAAUUAGCAAGCUUAUGAAAUAUAGAUACGGACAUCUUUUUUUAUAGGUUAACUGAGAAACUCUGGGAUAGUUCAAUCUGCCAAAUGAGCCACAAAAAAGCAGCUCCCAGUUUCUCUUGACAUGCACAUGUAUUGCACCGCAGUCCAUAUUGUUAAAUCCUGCCUUCCCAUCUGCAAGCACAUAAGAUGAAGUUGUAAUUUAUCUGAAGUAGUUUCAUGGGGUAAUAAAUUUAACAGUACUUUAAAAGACAAGCUGCAAUAGCUUCAGCAUUUCUAAUUAUAGAAUUAUUUAUUAAUAAGCAGGUAUUUUAAGUAGUCUUCAGGGAGUUCAAAUUAAUCCCUUCAAUAUGUCUAUUUUUAUUAAAAAUCAUUUCUAAUAGCAGACUGUUAUAAUUUCUUAAGUGAAAUUACAAAUAUGGGCUAAUAUCAAGCCAGCAUAGAUAUGUAUAGAGAGACAACCUUAAGAUAGAAGAAUCUUUGUUAAUAGUCUUGUCACAUGGCUAAGAAUGUUUGUAGCUCAAGGAAACACUUAUUUUAUUAUGGCAUGUGUUGAAUAUAUAAUAAUUUCACAUGUUAGC